CAGCGCGGUGAGAUUAAGUUCACGUCGACGUCUCGGUCACGUGAUCCCCCGGCUACAGCAACGCCUCUCGAGGGCUCGUCCUGUUCAGUCCGGCCGGCGGUACGUUGUGCAGUGAAGAAGCAAUAAAGAGGCGGACCGGACGGGAGCCGCCCCUGGAGGCAAAGUUAUGGCCGGGAAACAAGUCCUGCUGCAUCUUAUCUCGACCGGGACUCCUCGCACAGCAUCCUGCUCGGCCGGUGACGCGCACGCCUUUUUCAGACGCACGCUCGUGGAUGGAGAGGAGUGCACAUUACGCGUCACCUUCUGUUGAGCCUUGCAGGUGACGUCUAAUGAAAUGCACGCUUUUGAAGGUGUCACUGUGCAUCUGCUCCCAGCAGACUCGGCAGUGUGAGGAGGCAACCAUGCAACCAAACUGUGGUCUGAAGAUAACAAGUGGUCCACAGCAACACACGGAGUGAAGUUUUGACGCAACCACAGUUUCAAGGGACCAACCCAACAAUGGCACUCAGAGACUACUACUCGUGAUUCUGCUUUCCUCCAUUCAAGCGUCCCAUCAAAACAGUAGAUGAAUGGCAGCCACGAAGGGUGAUAUGUCCACUAAGAAGGACAAAGAAAAAGAGAUCCAGUAUGAAGACCCACCGGAUGGCGGCUGGGGCUGGCUGGUGGUGUUGCAUUGUUUCCUGGUUAAUGUCUUGGUGAUGGGGACACUCAAGACCUUUGGGAUCUUCUUUGUGGCAUUCCAAGAUGACUUUGGCGGUUCGGCAGAGAGUAUCAGCUGGAUCGGUUCCAUAAUGUCAAGUUUGCGUCUAUCUGGAGUGGAACAAUAGUGGGCGUGUCUUCAUGCUUCCUCUCCUGUCACCUCUCAGCACCCAUUGCCUCUGUGGCUUGUGCCAAGGUAGGAACCAGGGUGACCGCCAUUACUGGGGCAGUGCUGGUUAGUGGAGGCUUUCUCAUGAGUAUUUUCGCCAACAGCGUGGUUUUCCUCUACAUCAGCAUGGGAGUGAUAGUAGGAAUGGGUUUCGCACUACUCUACCAGUCCUUCUCAGUGGUCACGGCGCUGUACUUCCGAAAGAAGUUGGCAACAGCGUAUUCAAUCGGGCGCUCUGGGAUGGGAUUGACUUUUGCCCUUGCGCCAUUCACUCAGCUGCUUUUGGACCUAUAUGCUUGGCAAGGGGCGAUGCUGAUUCUCGGCGGGCUCAUGCUUAACCUGGUGGCCACCGCGUUGCUUCUGCGGCCCAUAAAUGUGAAAUCCGCCGCCGUGUCAAACUCUUCUUCCACCGGCCGAAAGAGCCCGGCUCUUUCCCUCAAGAGCUGGUCAGAAAAGGACUUCGCCAAGAGCUGCCUGAAUGGCUCCUCGCAUUUAUCCAACGGCGUCUUCAAAUCAGACUCCCUCGCAUCCCCACCCUCUCCUCCUGACAAGGAUGUCGAGGAACUGGAGAGGCAGUGCGUUAACGGAGCAAACGGCCAGGUAGAGAACCCAGAGCUGAACAGACUCGUUCUCAAUGGACACGAGGUCCAUCAAGACGUGGGUUUUUGUAAAACCGCAGAAGGCUCCACAGAGCUCAAUGGCACCAUGAGCGGGUCUUCAACAGUUGGACAUUCUUCCAUUCAUGCCAGCACUCCAACCGAAGAGACCAUCCCCAAAGCCAAAGUCCUCGAUUUUUCCUUGCUCAAGGACCCGUUCUUUUGCAUUUAUACGUGGUCUUUGGUCUUCAGCCAGCUGGCGUACUUCAUCCCCUAUUUCCACCUGUCUGCCCGAGCCAGAACCCUGGGCAUCGACCCCAUGGAUGCAUCUUUUAUCAUCUCUGUGGCAGGAAUCACAGAGACCAUCGCCCAGCUGGCCUCAGGCUGGGUUACAGACAAGAACCUGUUCCACAAAUACCACUCCCACAAGGCCUACCUGAUCCUCUGCGGCUUGGUCAACCUGCUGUCCCCGCUGGCGACAUCCUACAUCCUGCUCAUGGUGUACGCGGUCUUCUUUGCCAUCUUCUGUGGGGGCUACAUGGCUCUACUGCUGCCUGUUCUGGUGGAUCUGGUCGGGGCAGAGAAACUCAACAACUCCAUGGGAUUUUCCAUGUUCUUUGUCGGUUUGGGUUGUCUCACAGGUCCUCCUUUGGCAGGCUUUUUGUACGACUACACGCAGACUUACGAUUGUUCCUUCUACCUGGCGGGGCUCUGCUACCUUCUCUCCUCCGUCUCCCUCUUCCUGGAGCCGCUGGCCCAGCGCUGGAGCUGGAGGGCAAAGAAGAAACUGGCCAUGGCCAAGACGGCACAAAACAGCUGUAAGACCAACGGCUGCUUCACCCCUGACCGCCUGCAGAACGGCGUCAUGUAGAGGGGCGCCACAUCCGGCCUUAGGCCUCCGAUCCUGAACCAGCAUGCUCGCGACUCACCAUGGCUCCCAUGUGACUUUUUAAGUCAGGAACCUAAGUGACCCUUCAUUCCUGCAGGCAAUCCCGAGCGAAGGAAAAAGAUCAUCGUGACCACAGGAAGCCAAUGGGGCGCUAGUGAGAAAAAGCCAAAAUUGUAGUGGUAAAGAAUAUAUAUGUAUGUGUAUGUGUGUGUGUGUGCCUGUAUGUACGUAUAUAUGUGUAUAUAUAUAUGUGUACGUAUAAAUA